AUGUUAUCUACAUUUAAAAGAGACUUUAAAUUAGUCUUUAAAGAAAUGUCUUUAUUAGAUAAAUUAUUACCUAUAUUAAUUAUACUUGCGAUGAUAAUAGGUAUAUUAUUAUCAGUUUAUGUACCAUCAUCAAGAAAUGCUUUUAAUAAUACAGAUCAAAAUAAAUUAACAAAUGUUUCAAUUCCCUUAUGUAUUGGUUUAAUAAUAAUGAUGGUACCACCAUUAUGUAAAAUAGAAUAUGAAAAUAUAAAAAAUUUUAAUAAGAAUAAAAUUAGAAAUUCAAUAUAUUUAAAACAAAUUUUAAUUUCUUUAGUUAUAAAUUGGAUUAUUGGACCAUUUAUGAUGUUUGGAUUAGCUUGGGCUACUUUAUUUAAUGAACAUGAAUAUAGAACUGGUAUAAUAAUGAUUGGGAUGGCAAGAUGUAUUGCAAUGGUUUUAAUUUGGAAUCAAUUAGCUUUAGGUUCAAAUGAUUUAUGUGCUUUAUUAGUUAUAAUUAAUAGUUUAUUACAAGUUAUAUUAUAUGCUCCUUAUCAAAUAUUAUUUUGUUAUGUUAUUACUAAUGAACCAAUAGAUUAUAUAAAUAAUAUUUCAAUGGGUCAUUUAUUUGUAUUAGUUUUAAAAAAUAUUGGAAUAUUUUUAGGUAUACCUUUGUUUUUUGGUGUGGCUAUAAGAUUUUUAUUUAUUGGAACUGUUGGAAUUGAAAAAUAUAAUAAGAAGAUAUUACCAUUUAUAAGUCCAUGGGCAUUAAUUGGUUUACUUUAUGUUAUCAUUGUAAUAUUUAUUUCAAAAGGAGAUGAAUUUGUUCAUGAACUUCGUGAAAGUUUAAAAUGUUUAAUUCCAUUAGCUUUAUAUUUUUUAAUUAUGUGGUUUGGAACUUUUUUCUUUUUAAGAUAUUAUUCAAAUUAUAUAAAUUUUAGAAAUUUAAUUAAAUUGAGAAAAAAUUCAAAAGAACAAAACAAUGUUGUUGAACAAACAACUACAGAAGAAACUAAUAAUACAGAUGAUACAAUAACAGAAGAAUCAAAAUUAUUAUAUAAAUGUGGUUGUGAAGAAAAAUUAAAUGAAAAACAAAAAAUUAAAAUAAAAUCAUUAAAAUGUAAUGCAACUUAUUCAUUAUCAGUAACUCAAGCUUUUACUUCAAGUUCAAAUAAUUUUGAAUUAAGUUUAGCAAUGGCUAUUGCUUUAUAUGGUGAAGGUAGUAAACAAGCUAUUGCUGCUGUUUAUGGUCCUUUAUUAGAAGUUCCUGUAUUAUUAUUAUUAACUUUUGUUGCAAGAUAUUUUAGAAUUGCUUUUAUUUGGAAUGAUGUUAAUAUUGAAAGAGAUAAUAAUGAUGAUAAUGAUGUAAAUAAUUCUGAAGAAGAAGAUGAAGUAUCAGAAAGGUAA